AUGCAUCCUUACAAUAUCCCAAUCCCUUCAAUCGAAGUCGUCAAGGAAGAGGAGCAGUUUGACAAUCUCUACUCCCCAACGUCUACCUCCAUGUCAAUCAUCUCAUGGCUUGAGAACGUAAAGAAGGAAAGUAGUGAGAGUAAGUAUUUAUACUCACCAACACCCCCAUACUCACCAACAUACCUCUCACCUCCCACUCCAUUCUCCGCAAGCACGAAUAAGGAAAGCGAGUCUCCAGACAUCAAGUCAUCUCCCUCUACCCCAACCCCUCUCACCACACCACACAACCUAACCCUUCCCCUUCCCAUCCCCAGCUAUCUUGAGCCCCAAAUCACCGUAGCACCACCGCACUUCUUCUACCGAGAACCCGCUACACGCCUCCCUCUCCUUCCGAUGCUGGUCGAGCCCAAGAUCACAAUCAGACCUUUGAAUCCCUUCCAGAGGCCUGCGGCUGCUCGUCCUAGGCCUCAAGUUGCAAUCGCGGGGGGAGCUGGUAUCCGACGCUAUCCUGCGAGAGUGGUGUAUCGACAGCACCAACGCCAGUACCCUGUGCAGCAAAUUUCACAGGAAUGGCGGUUUACGAGAUUGAGGGAUGAUGGGAGGCCGUUUCGUGUGCAGAAGCGGCAACUUUUCCGCUGGUCUAACUCUCUUGAUCGAGGGAUGUCCAAUUUGUAGGUGAGGUGUGGUGGAUACCUUUAGUAAGAUGGAUGAUAUUUGGAUAUGCUAAUCUGCUGUUUUUAAUAAAAUAACUUUUCCUCUUCUAAUUAAGUAUUUUUAUGUGUCUUUGUGUUUUGUAUGUUUUUGCUUCUUCAGUGACCAUCCCUUUCCUCUAACUCACUAUGAUCUACAAUUCAAGAACACAGUCUAAAUUUUCUAGUAAGGCACUCGUCGUUAUAGGCCUUGAUACUGCCUACCCGCAUGGUAAACUCAGUUCCUGUGAGGAAUCUGCAUAA